CUGUAUGAAUGAUGAUGAUCAUCAUCAUGAUCUGCAAAAUCUCAUCCUCUUCCUUCCUUCCGUAAAAAGAAACAAACUUUUCUAAUAAUUUUUGUUUUAUCCUCUUCUUAAACACUUUCAAAUUUCAUCCAAUCCAACGGUCCAUUUCUCGUCCGUCCGUUUGCAUCUCCAUUAUCAGAUCAUCUUUGACUUCAUCCUCCCACUAGAGAGAGAAUCUGGCAGACAGGAUUACAGAGAAACAGAGACACUAGUGAAUUUGAUUUUUGAAUUCGAACUAGCCCUAAGUUGAGAUUUCUCUUCUGGGUCUUCUCUCUUCUUGCAGUCUGAGAUAUGAAGCGAAGCAAGAUUUCUUCUUCUUCUUUAUGUAUACGGCUUCCUUCAAGUUGAGAUUAUCAAAUCUGUUUGGUGAGAUCCGAUCAGAUCCGAUCCUCGCUGAAAGAAGUUCCAUUUUUAAGGUAGAGUCUUUUCACUUUUGGCUAUCGAAACAAUGGUGGCUGAUUUCACACAUAACGACGGUCAGAUCGAAGAAUAUCUAUCAUCUACCCAAGAGCUUGUUCCAACAGCAAUUCAAAAGGCUAAACUGGUUAAAGGAUUUCCAGGAAGAUGGAAAAUGAUAAUUUCAAAGCUCGAACAAAUCCCUUCACGUUUAUCAGACUUAUCUUCUCAUCCUUGUUUUUCAAAAAAUUCUCUCUGCAAAGAACAAUUACAGUCAAUUUCCAAGACCUUGAAAGAAACAAUCUCAUUGGCUGACGAGACCAUCACCGGAGGAUUAGAAGCCGCCGGAAAACUCAGGAUUCAAAGUGAUUUAGACGCCUUGAUUGGUAAACUUGACCUGAAUUUAAGAGACUGUGGGUUAUUGAUCAAAACCGGCAUGCUUGUAGAUUCUGUUUCUCCAACUGUUUCUGAAUUACUAGCCCGAUUGCAAAUCGGGCACUUAGAAUCCAAACAGAAAGCACUCGACACCCUUGUCGAAAUCAUGAACGAGGACGAAAUUACAGUUAUUUCGGUUCUGGGUCGGAGCAAUAUCGCCGCUUUAGUUCAAUUACUAACCGCCACUUCUAACCGAAUGAGAGAAACGACAGUCUCGGUUAUUUGCUCAUUAACCGAAUCAUCUGAAAACUGCGAGAGUUGGCUCGUGUCCGAAGGCGUUCUUCCGCCUCUAAUCAGGCUGGUCGAAUCAGGCAGUUCGGUCGGUAAAGAGAAGGCGGUUAUGUCCCUUCAGAGGCUGUCAUUAACUGCAGAAACUGCCCGGUCGAUCGUCGGGCACGGCGGGGUCCAACCGCUGAUCGAGAUCAGCGAAAACGGGGGAGAUUCAGUGGUUCGAUCGUUGGCCGCUUGUACUUUGAGGAACAUAUCGAACGUGCCCGAUCUUAGACAACCACUGGCGGAUGAAGGGGUUGUGAGAUUAAUGGUUAGUCUCUUGAACGGCGAUAUGGGUUCGAAAGAAUACGCGGCCGAGUGCUUACAAAAUCUCACUUCCACCAACGAUGAUUUAAGACAAGCGGUUAUUUCUGCCGGGGGAGUUCUGGGUAUUUUAGCGUUUCUCGACCGCCCUACACCAAAAGAACCUGCGGUUGGGGUGUUGAGGAAUUUGGUCGAUUUGGUGGCGACUGAAAAUCUAAUAACACUUGGCUUGAUUCCUCGGUUGGUUCAUGUUUUAAGAACAGGGUCAUCGUGUGCUAGACAAGUGGCUGCAUCGAUAAUUUGUCGGGUUUGUGGUUCUAUAGAGAUGAAGAAGUUGAUGGGUGAAGCGGGUUGCAUUCCAUUGUUGAUUAAUAUGUUGGAGGCUAAGACUAACAAUGCUAGAGAAGUGGCUGCACAAGCCAUUUCUAGUUUGGUCGUUGGGCAUUUGGAAAAUCGAAGGGAAUUCAAGAAGGAUGCAAAGAGUGUGCCGAGUUUGGUUCAGUUGUUGGAACCAAGCGAACAGAAUACGGCUAAGAAAUACGCGAUUUUGUGCCUUUUUUCGAUAUCAAAUAGCAAGAGAUGUAAGAAGGUGAUGAUUUCUUAUGGAGCAAUUGGGUAUCUUAAGAAGUUAAAUGAAAUGGGAGUUCCUGGUGCUAAGAAGCUGCUUGAAAGAUUGGAUAGGGGAAAGUUUAAAAGUCUGUUUAGCAGAAAAUGAGGUUAAAAAAAUUGACUUAUUUUUACCUUGUAGUAAUUAAUCCCAGAUAUUAUUAUCUGUUGUGAAAUUUGUAUGUUUCAUAUGCUGUGUAUGAAACAUCAAAACCCUGAUAAGAUUGUAAAGAUUUGGUUA